GCAACACUCUACUAUCACGUUUGCCACGUCUCAGAUAGCCUGGUCAGAUAGCGAACAUAUACUGCAUCAUGUUGGCAAGAUCGCUCAAAUGCACCAGAGGCCAGACACUGGCUAGGGCUUUGACGUCUCGGGCUUUCCCGUCUCCGGCCAAAAUGUCCUCUCCAUCCUUCACCUCGCCAUUCACCACGUCAGCACUCUCAAAAAACGACGCUCCGUGGUAUCUCAAUCCUGAAGAGUCCCCCAGCAUUAACUCUCCUUUGAAGCAAAUUGAAUUACCCCUUCUUCCUGAAAAUCAUCCCCAGACUUUGGAAAACUUGGUCGUCUACCUUGCUCAAGAGCUAGGUAUUGAUGAUUUGCUUGUCUUCGACAUGCGCAACAAAAAACAUGACGAUAGUGUCGCCGAAGGAGCCUAUGACAUGGCAGAUUUCAUGGUGCUUGGCACAGGUAAAAGUGCAAAGCAUUUGCAGAAGGCUUCAACUCAGUUGGAUUUCUAUAUCAAGCACAACCUGCAUCAGUUGCCUAUAACCGAAGGCAUUCUCAAAAGCGGCGUAUUGGCCAGGUACCAUCGCAGGCUCCAAAAGAAAGGUAAGAAGGCCCCAGGCUAUUCUAAGAAUACUUACGGAGCAGAGCCAAAUACAUGGGUGAUGACCGAUACCAAGAGUGAUGGUAUAAUAAUUCACAUGUUAACGGAAGAGAGAAGAAUGGAUUUGAACUUGGAAUACUUAUGGUCGGAUGAAUCUGAAAGAGAAAAAUAUGAACGCUCCCACAUGCGAAAGGACUCAGAUGAUAUUUUCAGAGGCAUAAGGUAUUUCCACUCAUCAGCCUUGCAAAGGAACGAUUCCGCUUUUGACGUAUAUGAUGUCACAUUUGAUAACUACUCUUUUCAUUUCCAAAAACUAUUAAAGUCUCACAUCGUUGAGCCAAAGUCUACUCCACUUGCAAAGAUAAAGGACCAUUUGAAUUUGAUGUAUUCUGCAGGUCUAGCAAUCAACACAGACUUACUAUAUUCUUAUUUCAACACUUUACUCCAAUCUGAAGAAUUCAAUUCGAAAUUCCAAUCAGAAGCAGAGGCGUUCAAAAAAAGAGAUACCCUGUUUUCCAACAUAAUCCAAAAGUAUAACGUCAAAUUAACGACCGAAGAAGUCUUGAAGUUCAUCCCUUUGCUUAUCGUCUCUGGUUCACAAAUCGAUAACACUCUGUUCCAUUCUAUUAAAGAUAUAAUAGAAAAUCCUGAAAUUAACAGUGAAAAAAUAGUGAGACAUUCUAAAACGAUCAAUCACUUAAUGAGACUAUCUAACAAAGUGGCAGAUUCACUUAACGAUGAUCAUCGUGCCAUGAAAAGAGAGAUAGAUCUUCUUUUAAUAUCUGUCUAUGCCAACAGACAGAACUGGAUUCAUUUCAACCAAGUAAUUCAAGCCGCUAUAAUAAGAAAUGACAUUUCAAUUUUGAAGGCUGCACUUCCUCUCGUUACAGCUUGUGCUGAUCUGAAAACUGCCGUUGACUUCAACGAUCGUGUUUUGCCCCUAUUGUUGGAAGCAGGAUUAGACCCAGAACUUGAACAAUUUGUACAUCUUUUAGCAAAAAGGAUCACUAAUCCAUGAGGACAAAACCUCACCUGUAUAUAUAUAUCUAUAGACACUUUUUAAUAGUCACAUAAAGCCGCCUCUAACCUACGAGCCAACCACCUUCUUCCAUUUGAAAGACCAUUGCAUCUCAUCGUCAACACUGGGGACAUCCAAAUCCUGAAAUACUAUGUUAUCAUCUUCUCCUACUUCUACCCACUCAUUCCAUAAACACACUAUUCCAACCUUGAAACAAAUCUCGCUUUCUCCACUCUUUGGUACAACCUCAAGAACCUUCAGUGAUUUACUCAACAUCUGGACACGCUUCACAACCCCCAGGAACAGCAGAGAGCUCGUAUCCGUAGAAUCCACCUUUUGGAUGGCGUGCGAGGUAUCUGCUCUAGCUUUUUCAACAAUUCUUUGAAGUUUGAGGCUUAAGCCUUCAUUC